GGUCGAGCACCAGCCUGUCAGACCCCUCACGGAGUGAUUUAUGCCCCACCUCUCCGUUCGCUAGGGCCCCUCACUCAUACCACUACCACUAUUCGUCCAGCGUGUUCUGUCAUUCGUGGUCAUCUUCGUUUUUUUGAAUUCGCCAGGGCUCCUCUUCGGCACUUUCUCCCGCUUGUCAUCAUUCAUUCAUUACCACCCUCGAAAAUGCUCUUUGGCUUCUUGUUGUUCUCUUUGUCGUAGGCGAACUUCCUCCCCCUUUCCCCCCCCCCUCCUCCCUCCUCCCUCCUCCCCUUUCACGUGCGUGGAGAGGCACAGACAAGCACCCGCGCGCUCACACGCACACACCCACACACACACGCCCACGCACCCGCACCCGCACCCGCACGCACACAGACACACACACACACACACACACACACACACAGAGAGAGAGAGAGAGAGAGAGAGAGAGAGAGAGAGAGAGAGAGAGAACGGAGAUUGCGAUAUGGUGGCCUCCGCUGCCAUCAAGCGCUUUUCUACUCAAAUAGGCCGGCAUGUCCGAUCGGGAGUGUUGCCACCGUCGCUCGAGGACAUUGCGCUUAGUUUCGUUCGGUCGUCGCCGCGGUCUGACAUAUCGGCCGUGGGGGCUUUGGCGGCGCUCUCGGCCUUGCCCGGAGCAGGAGUAGCAGCAGGUUGCGCGGGAACUGCAUCUUCUUCUCCCGGCGAUGUCUCCUCUACACCCUCAUCGUCCUCGUCUUCCUGCUAUGGCGGGAGCCUGAAUGUGAUGGGUGGUGGUAGUUGCUUGUCCUCCAACGGCCUCUCUGCUCCAACCACUACUCCUUUCGGAAAUCGACGGUUGAUGUUCACCUCUGCUGGCAGGCCGAUGGGCCCGCCUCCUCCUUGCUCUACUUCCACGACACUUCCGAGGGGUCGUGAAGAUGACGAUUUGCUCCUUUUCCGGGGCUUUUCCACCUCCUCCUCCUCCUCCUCCUCCGUCUCUUCUUCCUCCUCUUCUCCACCCCUGGGUAUCGACGGCGAUGAAGUCCGCGCUUCACCAUGGCCGUCCCUGGAAGACACCUUGGACGCGGCAUUAGAUGGAUCGGGAUCGGGAGAAGAGGACCUGGGGAGCAUUCCCCGGAGCUCUAUUCGCCCCUUCCGGAGCAGCGAUGUAGCAACAGCAGCCGGAGGAGGAGGGGUAGGGAGAUUAGGAGAAGGAGAGAUGAACCUGCUGCAUCAGCAUCGCCAAGAGCAUCAGAAGCCUGUCUCGGAAAUGACCUUGGAAGAUCUUCAUCAGCAUAUGUCGGCGCUGCUGGGGCCCGGCCGGUAUGAGGAAGCGAUCUCGCUCUUCAAGGAUUGGACUAUCAGCGCGGACGCUGAUGGCCAGCACCACCGGCCUGACCUAAUGGCCUACAACAUGUUGUUGUUGGCUUACAACCGCUCCGCGUCAAACACAGAAAAGCUGUUGGCCGUUUUGGAGGAUAUGAGAAAGUCAGGCGUCGAAGCCAAUCUGCUGACCUACAACAUUCUUCUCCGAGCUGCUUUCCGCGUACGCGAUUCGAAUUUGGCGGAGUCCAUCAUUCGGCGCUUGGAAGAUCCAGCAUCGAAAGUUCAGCCUGAUGGGGACUCGUACAACUUCGUUGUGACUAUUUGCGCAAUGGACAAGAGGGUGCCGCCGGCCUUACAGUACAUGCAGUCGAUGUUGAGGAGGGGUUUUGUGCCGAGCAAGACGACGUAUAGCGAGGUUUUGACAGCUUGUGCGAGGACACGCAGAACCCGCGAUGCCGUGGCCGUGAUGAACGAGCUGCAGACGCAAAUGUUAGAGCCGUUGCCGGUAGUCUUGGGAGAAUUGCUGACGGCGGGAGCAGAGAGAGACGAUGCGGAGUGCUCGCUUAUGGCGCUGCAGAAACUGGGGCGCAGGAGGUUGGGCAUAGAUCAGGGCGGGCUUUUGAUGGCGCUGAACGCCGCCGCCAGGACGGGGCACACAGAUCUUGCCGAGGCGGCAUGGGCGUACCUGAGGGAGUGUCUGGGGGCAGAACUCCCUCACCCUGCUUGCUAUCUUGCUCGCGUUCAUGCUUAUGCUACUAAAGGCGAUUUCGAAUCAGCGUUCCGCGCCGUACAGGAGCUUGAGACGGCGUACGCUUCCUCUGAAGAGUAUGGGGAUGCGCGGGGGAGGGGGGGGGGGGGAAUGGCGGCCCCGGGCAGAAGUAACAACGCCGCCAUGUCUGCGACCUCCUCCGCCGCCGCCGCUUUGGCUCACGAGCUCCUCUCUCCCUUCUCGUCGCUCAAACCCCUCGUUGUCGCCUGCAGCCGCGGCUUGGGCGUUCUAGAUACGGCAUACUAUAAGCUGGCGGCGAUGCACGAGUCAGGUGAAAUUGUGUCUCUUGCUGCUAUCAAUUGCAUCAUCGCCGGUUGCUCAAAUGUCCAUGACAUGGAUCGGGCCUUUCAGACCUUCGAGGAGAUAAGUAGGACCUUCGGGAUGGCGCCGAAUGUGCACACGUAUAAUGCCUUGAUCGACGGCUGUGCAAAGACGAAGCAGAUUGCGAUGGCAAUCCAGAUGUUCAAGAGGAUAGAAGCGAACGGAUUGGCGUUCGAUGAGCAGUCGUUCCAGUUUCUGAUUGAUGCGUAUGUAAUUGAUGGGAACGCACCCGGAUCUGUAGAGGCCCUUGAGUCGAUGAUGGCGGCGGGUUUCACACCGUCGAGGCCAACCCUCGUGCGUGUGCUUCGGCGGUGUCAACGCACAGGCUAUGCCCAGGGUGGUGACAGGGUGAAGAGGCUCUUCAUUCAGUAUGGAUAUCGGGCGGCCACGUCGGGAGAUCGAAGACGUCAAUCGAUCUGGAAUGCAGCCAAUGCCGGUAGAGAUGACCCAAUCGGCGCGGGAGAAAGGGAGGGGGAAGGUGGGGGGAUGAUCCACGAAGAAGUACUGUAAGACGCCUGGCAGCUUAUCAUUUCCACCUUCGCUUUAUUCGAUCCUUCAAGCACGUUGUCUUAGUGCGCGUGCAUCUGUCGAGGGGCGCUUAGGGAGGGUAUAUCGGGCGCCUUCAACUGACAGACGAACUCGAUAUCUGAGAGAGGGACCCAGUUUGAGAGAUUCAUCUGUUUCGUGUGUGUGCGUGUCUGCCUGGUAGUGCGAGAGAGAGAGAGAGAGAGAGAGAGAGAGAGAGAGAGAGAGAGAGAGAGAGAGAGAGAGAGAGAGAGAGAGAGAGAGAGGAUUAAUUAGCGCUCCGAGGGUGUGAAAAUCGAGAGUGCGCCGUCUGGUAGUGCGAACCUUAAGCGGUCGUGAGCAGUUGCUGUGGCCACUGCUCCAGAGUUGAUGGAUGGGAGAAAAGGAGGACCCGUCGGCGUUGUCUUUUGGAUGUUUCCAUAUUCAAUGGUAAGGAGGAAUUCCAUAUUCGAGUCCGUGCCCUCGUCCUUUGUAAUACAAUAUCGAACGGGGGAAUUGAAACCGAAACGAUCGAGAAUUAUCAUGAUCAUACAUGCAUAAUGAUGAUGCUAUAAUGAAGAAUUUUUGGCCCAGCGAGGAAGCGAAGUUAGGGAAGGAGUUGGUCAGUCAAUGGGAAGACAAGUAGGUAGGCGAACGGCUGGGCUCUCCUGGCACGCUACUCCCCCCCGCCCCCCCCCCUUCUUCACAUUGCACGUGGUACUCUUACUGUUUUCAAUGCACGUCUUUACGGACGGAAUGUCAAUUCAGGCGAUGGUUUUUCGAAAACAACAUUGAGAUCGUCUUUUUUUUUUUUUUUUUUUUAUAACAUCGGGAUCGUCUUCUUUAGUAAUGCAAGCAAUCACUGUUCUCUUCUCUUUCCUGUGUCUUCUUCGUCUUCUUUCCCCCUUCACCCUGCAGGCAAUACCCAGAGCUGCUUUCAAUUACAGUUUUACUGAUUUUGUAAACAGAUUUUUUUAAGUAUAGGGAAUUUCCGAAAAGACAAUCGA